UAACAUUUUCGCGGACAACAAUAAUUAAUGUUUUUAUUUUAAUAAUAAUAAUAAUAUUGUACGUCGAAGUCUGACAGAAAAAUUUCCGAAAUUUUCCUCUACGCGCGCACAUACGUUAACGCGCACUACGAUAUUAUGUUUUCUACUCGUCCGGGCGGUUCGAUAGACAUUUACACCAAGUCUGAUACUGGCCCGGAUCGGCUGACGCGCAUAGUUUCGAGCGCAUUAUUUUUACUAUCGUGAAGUCGCCUUUACACCGAGACACCGACGUCCGACAGUUUUCGCUAUAACAAUACAUCGUCAUCGUUAUUUUUAUUACCAAUCUGUUUAUUUUUCACCGACUUCCUCGUUUCGCGUCCGGCAAUGACGUCCGCGUAAGAAGACACCGGUUUGCGGAGGUGGACAAUCAUCGAAGGGUCGGUGACAAAGGAAACAGCAUCAGAGUAUAAGAGGCCAUCAUUAAAGUAAUCAAAAUCAUGGAUUUUAUUGCUGCUAUUGACGUAGGUACAACUAAUUUGAAAUGCCAAAUUUUUUCACCAGACUUUCGUGUUAUGGGAUCUUCUAUACAAAAAAUUAAUAUACUAAAACCUUUUCAAGGAUGGGAAGAAAUUAAUCCAAAUGAACUACAAAAUGGUGUAAAACAAGUCUUACAAAAUGCAUUAAAAGAUGCUGAUCUCAAAUCCAAUAAUAUAAAAAGCAUUGGUUUAUCUACACAACGAAAUACAUUCAUCACUUGGAAUAAAAAAACUGGUGAACAUUAUCAUAAUUUUAUUACAUGGGGAGAUUCACGCUCAAAUAAAAUAGUUAAAGAAUUAAAUAAAUCAAUAACCUUCAAAAUAGUCAAAUAUAUUUCAAAAAUAUUAUAUUUAAUAUUUGCAUCAAAACAACUCAAAGUUGCAAAGUCAUUUACAUUUUCAAACAUACAAAUUUUGCCUAAACUUUUAUGGUUAUUACAAAAUAAUCGGAAAUUCAGACAAGAUAUGAAAAAUAAUGACGUAAAAUUUGGUACAUUAGAUACUUGGUUGUUAUAUCAAGCUAGCAAUGGUAAACUACAUGUGACUGACGUAUCAUGCGCUAGUGCUACUGGAUUGUUUAACUUGUUUGCUAUGUCUUGGAUGCCUAAUCUCAUGUUUCAAUAUUUCGGAAUCACAAAUACUAUACUUCCAAGUAUUUGUGAUUCAAACAUAUUAAAGCAUUUAAUGGAUAACAAUAUAACUUGCAAAAUCUCCAAUAUUACAAUUGCAUGCUCGCUUGCUGACCAAUCAGCAUCACUGUACGGAACAGGUUCUUUCUCAAAAUAUACAGCCAAAGUUACAAUGGGGACAGGAAUGUUUCUAGAUAUAAAUUGUGGUCCAUUACCGGAAGUAUGUUUAGGAUAUUUUCCAUUGGUGGGUUGGAUAUUUAAUGAAGAUAUUUGUUUUUCAUUGGAAGCAGUCGAUUACAAUAGUGGAUCAUUAAUUCAACUUGCGAAAUCCAUUGGUGGCUUCAAUAAUCCAAAAGAAUUAAAUAUGUUGAAGCAAGGAAAUGAAUUUUCAACUAAUAGUUUAUUAUUUGUAUUACCUGAAUCUGAGCCAUCCAAAUCAAUAAGGAGAGAUUAUAGUUUUAUUGGUGUUACUACAUGUACUACAAAAUCCGACAUGGCUAUAUCUAUUUUGGAAUCUUUUGCAUUUAGAAUUAAAAAAAUACUAGAUAAUUAUCACAAUGAAAUGCCUCAAAUGAAAUUGAAUACUUUAUGGGUUGACGGUGGUGUAUCUCGAAAUGAUUACAUUUGUCAAACAAUUGCUAAUGUGACAUCAACUACAGUUGUAAGAAUGAAAAACAAUAACAAAACUGAAGUAUCAUGUUUAGGUGCAGCUUUUAUGGCUGGGUUGUCUUCAGGUGUAUGGAAAAAUAAAAAAGAGUUGGAGAAUUUCAGAAACAGGACAGAUCAAAAAUUUGUUCCAGAUAAUAAUAAUUACUUUACAAAUGAAUAUAAAUAUAUAAGAUGGUUAUACAACCAAAAAUGUUUGUAUUUUACAAUGACUUUAAAUUUUAUAACAGAUACAGAUUCGUCAGAUUCGAGUUCAGAAAACGAAGAAACUUCAGGUAAUUCAAGUUUUAAUGAAAAUGACAGUUUGGAAGAAGAUGAUGUUAUUGACAUUAAUGAACAACCAGUAUUUGAUAGCUCUAAAGAAAUAAAUUAUAAAAUUAAAUACAAACAAGAUUUUGAAGAAGUCCUCAGUUCAAAUGAUGUUUAUAUUUUGAAUUUGGAUGCACAUAAAAUUGGACAGACACUAAAAGUAGCAACAGCACUCUCCAAUUUUACUUGUAAUAUCUAUGAUAUUGAUGAUGGGCAUUCGUCUAUUAAAGCAUGUUUUGAGCAUGAAAAAAAAAUUGUUGAUGUCAAAUUAGGUUCAAGCUGUACUCAAUCUUUUUCUUCCAUUAUUUACACAGGGUCUGAGGAUGGAACUAUUAAACUUUGGGAUUUACGCAUGAAGGAAAAAUGUGUUUCAGUUUUUAAAGAUGAUACAGAUGCUGAAUUAAAACCAUUGUCAUGUUUUGAUGUAUCUUGUGAUGGAAGAUUCUUAGUCGCUGGAACAGAAGUGUUUAAAGAUGAUGCUUUCUUAUUAUUUUGGGAUAUUCGUACUACUAACCUACUUGGAGGUUAUUGGGAUACUCACCAAGAAGAUAUUACACAGGUGAAAUUUCAUCCUACUGAAGACAAAACUGUAAUUAGUGGAUCUACUGAUGGUAUUAUCAACUUAUUUGAUGUUACUCAAACCACUGAACAAGAUGCUCUUCAAUUAAGUUUAAAUACAAAUUCUUCUAUUGCAAAAUUAAACUGGUUUAAAAAUAAAAAUGAGGAUUCAAUCAUAUCUUGUAUUACACAUACAGAGGAUGUACAAUUAUGGCAUACUACAGAUUCUUCUCCAUAUAGUAUUAUUCCUAGAGAUACAAUUAGUAGUUCAAUGAAUGUAAAACCUGAUUUAUUUAGUCAAAUAAUAAAUUGUCAUCAAACAGAUGUAAAUGGAAAUAUUAUGUUGCUUGUUGGAAAUGACAAUAGCAAAGGAGAACAUUUGCAGUCGCUUGGUAUAAUAAAUGAUGGUCCUGAAUUGUCACCUAGAAGCUUAUUCAAAAAUAAUAAACAAAUUGUUAGAUGCAGUUGGUAUGAGUAUAAUUGUGGUAUACUGGUUACUGGUGGUGAAGCUGGUAUACUAAAUGUAUGGGUUCCAGCUGAUGAUGAAAAUAACUCAGCUGAUUAUACUGGUAAAUGCACAUUAAAAGAAUUACCAAAAGUAAGCCUGAAAAAUCAUUCUUCAAAACCAUAUUAGUUUUAUACAAAGUAUUUUUAAUAUUAGAUUAUUAAAAAUAUUUGUCUCCCUUGUUAAAAUAAACAGU